UAGAACGUUAGUGUUUGCUAGCCUGUAAACACAACGAUCAAUCUCAUGACACUGAACGUUGAACCAGACAGCUCAUAACUUGCCAACCCUUAACAAUCCACAAUGGAUCAAGAUGCUGGUAAAGUGGACCCGCACAGCUUGUUUAGCGGAAAUCACGAAAUGGAGAUCUGUUUAGAAGCAGAAACAGAUUUUGAGAAGAAUUUUAUCAACUGCAAGAAAAACCCAGGUCAUCUUGACCUGAUACCUGUGAAAGAUUUCACCGUAGACAACCUGCCACCCAACUACCAACACAAAGACAUGGUGGAUUUGGUCACGUGUUUAGCGGCCCUAACCGUCAAGCUCGAGGUCAGCUACACCAGCACAGAACGACCGGAUUUUUUCGCUCACUUUGGCUGUAAAUAUCCGGGUUUCGGCUCAAAAGGGAAGUCCUUGACGAGAACAGGAACCGGAAAAAUCAACGGGGUUCGGAAAUUCACGGAAAACGAUAAUAAAACAUGUACGUGUCGUUUGUGUAAGGAUUCGGAUACACCCAGUAAAGUGUGGGCGGAGGUUGAUGUAUUGACAGCCAGACAUGUUGUGUUUGAUGACAGCGAGGCGAGGAUGACGAGGUGUGUUGGUGAUUUCGAUGAAAAAGACAGUCAAGUAUUCAACCUAGACGGAAGUGUCACUGUUCUCGCGGAUGUUAAGGGUGACUUAAGUAGGGUCACGUGUGUGUCAUGUGACUUGAGCUUAAUCAACAGACUUGAAAAAUUAGUCAAGCAGUUUGUUAUUCUAUGCUGCAAUGCGAACUGUAAAUACGGUAGUUUGAAGAAUGUGGACAAGUUGGUGGUGAUAGUGUCACACCCUCAUGGCUGUCCUAAACGGAUUUCUGUCGGACAAUGGACGGACAAACACGACUGGUGGGGGUUGUCUAGGUACACGUACACAGCGUCCACUUGUCCGGGUAGUAGUGGGGCGUAUGUGUACAAGCUGGGGUGUAUGGGGGUGUACUCACACCCUCACAGUGGGUCGUGUGCCAGUGUUAACUACAGUGGGGAGUUAUGGGACUCUGUGAAUAGCUGAUACUCAUA